AUGACCUGUUUGAUCUCAAGACUCCAGCUCCUGUCUGAUCUCAAGACUCCAGCUCCUGACCUGUCUGAUCUCAAGACUCCAGCUCCUGACCUGUCUGAUCUCAAGACUCCAGCUCCUGCCGUGAGAGCAGACGAGCGGAAUAUCAGAUCAGACGAGUCGCUGGUGGCCCCGGGGGUCAGACAGUUGAUGGCCCCCGUGGGUCAGACAGUUGAUGGCCCCGUGUGUCAGACAGUUGAUGGCCCCAUGGGUCAGACAGUUGUUGGCCCCAUGGGUCAGACAGUUGAUGGCCCCGUGGGUCAGACAGUUGAUGGCCCCAUGGGUCAGACAGUUGUUGGCCCAGUGGGUCAGACAGUUAAUGGCCCCGUGGGUCAGACAGUUGAUGGCCCCGUGGGUCAGACAGUUGAUGGCCCCGUGGGUCAGACAGUUGAUGGCCCCGUGGGUCAGACAGUUGGUGGCCCCGUGGGUCAGACAGUUGAUGGCCCCGUGGGUCAGGCAGUUGAUGGCCCCGUGGGUCAGGCAGUUGAUGGCCCCGUGGGUCAGGCAGUUGAUGGCCCCGUGGGUCAGACAGUUGGUGGCCCCGUGGGUCAGACAGUUGAUGGCCCCGUGGGUCAGGCAGUUGAUGGCCCCGUGGGUCAGGCAGUUGAUGGCCCCGUGGGUCAGGCAGUUGAUGGCCCCGUGGGUCAGGCAGUUGAUGGCCCCCGUGGGUCAGACAGUUGA